AUGAGACGAGUAUCCCCUCGUUACCCAGUCGAUCGAUAUUUGGUUGAAAGCAGCAAAACGAUGGAUACUGUUAAGAUAAUAGAUGAUGAUUUAUGGAAUCCUGAACCAGCUCUAAGGCCCGAAGAUGAAUGUAUGUUGAGGAAAUUGCAUGAAAUGCUGCAAUCAACUGCAGAUGACCUGAAAGUUCUGUCUGGAGAGUUGUCGAAAUAUCACGAAACCGGGGUACAAGUAAAAUCACUUCCUACACCAUUAGACGAAGAGUUUAACGAAAAAUUACAUAUUGAAGAAAUUGUUAACGCCAAGUUUUUUGGUCAAAAAAUAGUUGACCCUUCGAACACUACGUCACUUAAGAGCACUGAUUUAGUACAAGAAUUAAUAGCUAGUAAAAUACGAGAAAAUAAAAAUGUCGUUAAGCCUAUCACUAAUAGCAAAAAACCAUCAAAAAUUUUAAAAAUAUCUGGUACUAAAAUAGUUCAUAUACCUGAAUAUACUUUGGAUACUAAAAGUAAUUUCAUCAGUAAUAAUGUAUAUAACAGAGAAACAGCUGUACAGUAUAGUGAAAUCGUACAUAAUCCUACAUAUAGCCAUGUAGACCAAGUAUAUUCUAGCAAAUCGCUACAAAUACAAGAAAUGCCUAAAAUUAACAUCAGGGGGGAGUUAAAAGUACAAAAUGUUUUACUUCUAGACAUAAUACACGAUAAUAAUGAUAUAGUCGAUAGUUCUGAAAUUAAAAAUAAUGUUUGUGUAAUUGCUUUAAACCAUGAAUUGUCUAAAAUGACGCAAGAAGAUAAACAUAAGGUAGACGUAAGCUUUCCCCCAUCAACAACACGAAAAGUAUUUAAAAUGUCGACUCAUGAAAGUAGCGAUUCAUCACAAAACCUAACCUAUCAGCGUCAGAUGAUAAGAAACCCAAAAGUGGUAAAAAAUAAUACUGAAAUAAAAAUUCCUUGUGCUGGAACGAUAAGGAAGGAUACAAGAAAAGCACAUCAAAGUUUAAAUGAGUGGAAGAAAAAAUUAAGUUCUGUCUAUGGACACUCUUCAAAAAAUAAUAAAUCUGUUAGAGAGAAAAAGAAAGUGGACACAAAAUCUGCAACGUCGGAAAGACCAACAUCGAAAAUAUGUAAUAAAAACGGUAAUGUUUUAAAUAACACUGAGUACAUCCCGUAUACAAAGUUGACAUUAGGUGGUGUCAAGGUUAAAGAUAUUGAAAAAGAGCUACCCCAUGUAUCGAGUAAGAAAGAUUAUUCGCUUAGUCCAAUUUUAGAUAAAAUUCUAAGUCGCCAAAAUUCUUUUAGUAAUGAUAAAUCUCAAACGAAAGAGAAAAAAGGCGAUUCAAAAAUCUUGACUAUAUCAGAUGAAAAUUUACUACAAGAAGUAUUAGAUAUUGAAGAAAAAGUAAGUAUAACAUUAUCGUCAAAAACUGUGAACAAAGAGAGCAAUCUCAAAAAUCAUAAAGAGCUCGUUGACUUUUCUACAACUGAAAAAAAUACAUCGAAUAAUAGUCCUAAUGACGAAAAUACCUAUGCUGAUGAUUUUGAGGCUGACAAUUCCGAAGAAUUAUCUGAAUUCAUGGUUUCCGCUUCACAAUCAAAACCACAAAUAGCAGUUCAACGCGACUCCAAUAAAAACAACAAAAAGUUCGCCCAAGAGAGUAACACUUUCAUAAAACAAUCUAAUUUAGCAUUUAAAACGCAAAUUGAUACAUUCGAGUUCAUACAUACAGUAGAUACACAAGAAAGUGCAACACAGAGUAACAUUGCCAGUAAAAUCUGUCUAAAAGAAACUCAAACAUCGCCGAGGAUCGAAAAUGAUAUUCUAAACAUUCACAAUGAUUUAGGUAUCGACCCCAAACGUGAAGUAGAGCGUAUGUUUAACUUAGAAAAAGAUUUUAUUAAGAAACUUAUUGUCGAUGAAUACAGUGAUUUAAUUGAUAACUUAAAUAAACCGUCAAUUUCUAAAAAUUCGAAGGUUAGCGUCGAUAGUAGAAAUACAUCAUUGAUCCCAAAAAAUACGCAGACAUCCCCGGCCCGCGUUAAAAACGUUACGACGUCACCGAUUGCUACAAAGACAAGAACUACGUCACCCUUUACACUGUCCUUGGCGGUUCAUAGACAAACGAGUCCUUUUGUUCCAUCGGAAGGAAACAACUUAGGUUCAAGAGCUGCGUCAGAAAAUUCAGAUGAUUUAGAUAAUGACGGAUUUGAUAUAACAAUAAACCUAUCGUCGCCUCGUUUUAAUUUGCGAUUACCUAAAUCCUCUUCUGAUAUUGCCAAUUGUCAACGAACUUUGGUGAACAAAAAAGUGCGAUCACAAGUCAGUAGCUCCAGUUCUGUAGAGGAUUACACAUCGUCGGAUAUAAGUUUCGGCGAAAUCAAAAGGCAGUUUCGACGGCGGCUGAGAAGGCACAAAAUUCCAUCGAUAUCUGAGCCGAGCUCGUCAGGGUCUAAGAGCUCAAACAACUUAAGCAAUGCACCAAUGCGGAGUGAAGGCGAAAUUAGUGUCCAUCGUUCAAUGUCGAAUAAGUAUAGUAAAAGUGAGGGUGAGAUAAGCUUAGGUCAACUGAAGUAA